AUGCCACCAGCUCACAGAGACGGUGGCAAGACUGUGGCUAUUGUCGGUGCGGGGCUUACAGGCCUUCUCGCAGCGCAGGGCCUGCUCAAGAAUGGCUUCCAGGUCGUGGUUUUCGAAAAAGAGACCAGCAUGGAUGCGAGACAGCGUGACUGGACCAUGUUGAUCCACUGGGCAAUGCCACUGUUCGAGAAGUUGGUGCCGGAGCAUGUUUUUGCAGACCUGAGUAAGGCCCUCUGCAACCCAUACUUGGAAUUCAGCGACGAUGUGGAGAGCCUUCCAUGCUACAGCGGUGUCACGGGGGAGUUGCUCUUUCGAAGCCCGACUCCUCGGGCCAGGCGCGUUAGCCGACAAGCGCUCCGGCGUUUGCUUGCGCCGUGUGUUGACAUUAGAUGGCACAAGACUGUGGAGGCCCUUUCGACAACCGAAAACGGCGUGAGGAUAUCGUUUGAAGGUGGCGAGACAUUCGACGCCGAUUACCUUCUUGGAGCCGAUGGUUCCACAUCCAAAGUAAGAGAACUGCUUCUGGGGGUCGAGGUAGCACGCCCGAGGGGUUCGGGCUUCCAAUUUGCCACUGGCAUCACAAGGCUAGCCGAUGCCGCCAAGGUGAAGGCGAUAGUUCAGGCACAUCCGGUAGCGGCACUCAUGAUGGGAACAGGAGCUGUGGGCGCCGUCGGCGUCAUGUCAGUUGACGACCCCGAAGUUGCGUCUACUUGGACGACUUUCUGGACAAAGAUAUGGCGCGGACAAUCAGUGCACGUCAAGGGCGACGGGGCUCUCGAGUACAUCCAGAAACACACGCCUCCCCUGCGUGAUGUCUUUCAGUCAGCCAUAGACUGGACACCAAAAGGCAGCAGCGUUCACAUAAACGAAAUGAAGUACUGGGUCCCGGCGCCUUGGGAUAAUCUUGGCGGAAGAGCGACUUUGGCCGGUGACGCAGCUCAUCCCAUGCUCAUAUUUCGCGGGCAGGGCUUUCAGCAUUCCAUCACCGACGUCGACAACUAUGUCCGGGCUCUUUCUGGGCUCGGCUCAUCACCCACGGACGCCGGGUUGAGGGAGAAGAUUCUGGCGGAAUACGAUGCUGAGAUGGUCGAGAGAGGGUCAAAGGCCGUCCGUCAAUCGCUGGACGAAGCCGAGAAAUGCCUUGACAUGGGAAGAAUAAACCAGAUGCUCAUGGCAACGGCCGGGCAUGGAAGGAGCGCAUGA